AUGAAUUGGUAUGUAAAAUUCACAAAUAAAUUUGUAAAAUUUAUUCUACUUAUCGCAACAAUAACAACAAAACAAUCUGUUUGCCUUCUGCAUGGCAAAAAGGCCACCAAUUAUCCCGUGACCAUAAAUGCCCGAAUUAAUUGGGGAGAAAAUUCAAUAUUCAACUCCAAUAUAUUACUUGACGCAAAUGAAUCGGAUACAUUGGGUAGUGUUAAAAAGAGGAUUACUGAUUUGACAGGUAUACCUUUUUUAUCACAGCGAAUAUACCUAGUUACUAACGGCAGCAUCGAUUAUAAUUUGGGGCCAAUUAGUAGUGACAUGACCCUAAGUGGACUCAGGACCAAGCAAUCUCAGGUUUCUACCACGAACUUGAAACCACACUUGGAGCUGCAGUUGGACAUAGGGGCGCCUUACUUGCCAGCAAAUAAACUAAUUAAUACAACUAACCUUGACAGUUUAGCACAUAAUGAUGUGGAACAGUUAAACAAAUUGUACGAGCAGCUGGCGGAAUUGUUGGCGUCUCAGUACAAGAUUAGUCAAUUGUUAGAACGAUCGAUGGAUAUAAAAAGGAAUUGGGCAUCUUAUAAACAUUUCACACUCGACAAGUUAUGUGAAAAAUUGUGUUUUCAAGACUUUAAGACUCAUCACUCAAACUUAAAUGAUUUUGUGAGUAAGAAAGAUAUGAUUUUGAAUAAUAUUAAGCCCGGGUGUGAAAAUGAGGUGGAAGUUGAAGAGGAAGUUGAACCGCUGCAAUUAAACUUGUUUCAGGAUUACCCAAGGGAAAGCCAUCACAUUUUCACAAAAAUAGCCGAGUCUAUAACCUUUAAUUUACCGAUCACUUACACAACCCUCGUGAAAUUUACCGUUAUAUCGCAAUUAAUGAGAAUUACUGGAAACUAUCCGCCCAAGGUGAAUGCGUUGUUAAAGUUUUCACCAUUACUGCUUUUGUUUUCGAAAACCAGACAUGGAUCCUUUGUAACCAAGAUUUUACUGAGGCUAAUACCAUUUAAAUAUGUACCGAGAGUGUUGUUACAUAUACUUCCAGCUCCCACGGUCAAAUCUCUCAUUUAA